AUUUAAUUUUUGUUUUGUCGUUUUGCUCUCUCUCUUGCAUGCAAAAAUAAAUUGUUUUUAUGCAAUAGAGAGAGAAGAGAAAAAUGUUAAAUAUUUUUAUUAUGUUUUAAUCGUCCUCUCAAAUAAAUGGUCUGCAAUGUUUACUCACACGUCUCCCUCUUUCUCCCCUAUCUUCUCCAAUAGAGAGAGAACCUGUUAACAAUCGCUCGCCGGCGGUAACAUUUUUCCGGCGAUGAAUCUUCUAUUUCUCAUUCCUUGCCGUAUUAUUUUUUAACUUCGCCGUUUGUUUGAAGAUUUUCCGAAGAGAAAAGAUGCUGGAUCUUAAUCUCGACGCUGCCUCACCCGAGUCGACUCAGUACGGUGACUCAUACACAUAUCAUCAGAUAUCAGGCGGCUCCGGGAAUCGACUGGAGGAGUCAUUGACGUCGACGUCGUCAGUAAUAAAUGGCGCCGAUGCAGACGACGACUCUUGUUCGACUCGCGCCUUCACUCUCAGUUUCGAUAUAUUAAAGGUCGGAAGCAGCGGCGGCGGAGGAGAUGAUAACACAACCUCCAUCUCCGGCGUGACUAAGGAACUUUUCCCGGUGGCUAAAGACUGUAGGCACUUACGAGAUGUGGAAGGAUCGAGCUCUAGCAACUGGAAUCUCUCUUUCGAAAGCUCGAGCCAGGGAGAAACGAAAGUGGUGGCUCCGGCUUCAGCUCCGGUGAAGAGGAUUCGAAGAGGACCAAAACCAAGCUCGAAGUAUAUAGGAGUUACCUUCUAUAGAAGAACUGGUCGAUGGGAAUCGCAUAUUUGGGAUUGUGGUAAACAAGUUUAUUUAGGUAGUUUUGACACUGUUGAUGCCGCAGCUAGGGCCCAUGAUCGAGCUGCUAUCAAAUUCAGAGGUGCUCAUGCUUCUACCAACUUCACACUUGACGAUUACGAGGAAGAUAUGAAACAGGUUGAACACUUGAGCAAGGAAGAGUUUGUGCACAUACUCCGCCGUGGCAGAUGGGAAGCUAUCAUAGGACAGUUUCUUGGUCAAAAAUGAGAUUUUUUUUUAGUCUUUGAUCUGAAAAUUUCUGGUUUAAAAUUCGUGUUUAGUGUUUCUCUUUUAUGAGAUUCUAGGAAUGGUGUAUCUCAGUAUCGAACCCAAAGAGCUUAGCUGAUACAAAAAGAAAAAUGAAUAGGAAUGGUGUAUUAAUCUGGGGCUGUUCUACAGCGAAAGUAGAAGCUGCAAGAUCCUAAUUGAUCAUGAAUAUUAACUUUGUUUGCCAGAAAACAAAUUUGAUACCUCAUAGAACUUCAUUAGUUUACAUGUCCACGCGACUUAUUAAUACUUUACUUUUUCUCAUGUUCCUGAACUUUUAUUAACGAAAGUCGGCG